AUGGCCACACCAACAACAGCUGGUCUUGUUGCUAUCGUUCGUCAAUAUUACAGAGAGGGCUAUUAUCCAAGUAAGAAGAAACAAGCACAGGAUGGUUUUAUUCCAUCAUCUGCCUUAUUGAAGGCCUCAGUCAUUAAUUCUGGAACUGAUUUACAGACAGUGAGUAAUGACUAUCUGACCUCUUUCAAAAUUUUGCCACGUACUGAAAUUGGAUGCUUCUAUCAAGGAUUUGGAAGAGUUCAAUUGGAUAAAGUGCUUGCAUUUGAGGAAAGUAAGAGAAUUCUUCAAAUUGGAAGAGUGAAACACAUUCAUAAUACAGAUAAUCGAUUCAAUACUCAAGUUGGAAGCACAAAUGUUACCACCGAAUUUGGAGAUCCAGUUAUUGAUAGUGUGAAAACCUAUCACUAUUAUUAUUUGAAAGCUUUGAAUGAGAAGAAUAAGAUUUCAAAUGUGAAAAUAACAUUGGUGUGGGCAGAUUAUCCAGGAAGUCCUUCUUCCUCUAGCCAACUUGUCAAUGAUUUGGAUUUAUUGGUACAAGUUGGAACUCAACAAUAUUACGGAAAUUCACAACUCAAGGAAAAGAAUAGUGGUGUUGGAUCAACAGCAGGAGAACGUGAUUUUAGAAAUAAUGUUGAACAAGUUUGGAUUGAUGAAAGCAGUGUUGGAAUUAUCAUUAAGGUGUCGGCAAGUUACAUUUUCAGACCACAGAGUUAUGCUCUGGUUGUUACUGGUGAAAAUAUUGAACUAGAAGUUAGUAAUAUUAUCAAUCCGUCUCAAUCUCUUUCACAUGCCUCUCCUAUUGCACAUGUUUCUCUGGUUUUGGUUGCGCUUUUGAUAAUGGCAUGCCUAUCCAUCAUUUGUUAAUAAAAUUUUCAUAACAAGAACAAGUUUGAAUAAC